AUGUUGACAAUGGCUCUUGAAGCCUUAAAUUUAAUGAUUUGCAACUAUCCUUUUUAUAUAUCCGAAAUUUUGAAGAAUGAUGCAAUACCAAUACUAGUUGAUUUAGUAGUUACAGCACAUGAUGAUACUUCUAUGAUGCUAAUAUUGUGGCUUUUAUUCAAUUGUACGAUAGAAGGAGCUGGUUCUCAUUUAUCUGAAUUUAUUAGCGCUUUAGAACACUUGACUUCACUUCAGAUGCCACAAAUUACACAAUUCUUGUUUUAUAUCGCAUCAAAUAUAUGUAUUUCAAGGCCAGUUGCAGUUGCAUUUGCAAAUUUACCUUAUUUUAAUAAACUCAUCAACAAAGCGAUGACAUGUGAUAAUAUUGACCUUAGAUCAGCAUCAUACAUGCUCAUUACUCAUAUUUUAACAUGGUAUUACGCAGUUUAA